GCCGUGGACGGACAGCAGUCGUGGCGGCAUUACGCGCCCCGACACCGUGUACGCCGGUAGUUACGAGCACUUUCACCGCCGCCAACGCCGUCACCACGAUCUCGGACCACAGCAACAAUACACAUCGCUAUAAGAGUCUCGUUCAGUCUCGACACUCGUACAGCGUUAAUAUCAAUUGAUAAUUUUAUGUAUCAAACCAUCGGGACACUAUGAGGGCCAGCGGUUUUCAAAGGUUCGAUUCGUUCGCGAUGGAUAAUAAUUGCAGCAACGCACGCUGGCAGUUAAUGGAACCAAAAAUGAUAAAGGAAGAAGCGAUUGAACGGGAUUCUGGUAUUCUCACAGAUGAAACAGUUAUAAAUAACAACAAUAACAAAGAAUCCGCAUUCAGAAUUCACAUUCGUAAAUCAAAAAUCAAAUCCAAAGAUGCGGGCUUCUCGUCGACGUCCACUAGUGAUUCAUCGGGCGAACACUUGCUGAGCCCUACACACCCGUUACCGGCACGAAUCGAUGUUGAAUCUGAAAGUUCGAGUCCGCCGUCUGACACGUUCAGAAAUCACUCCAAACUCAAAAGAUUUCUUACUACUUUGGUGCAAUUCAGUGGACAGAUAUCGCCGCAGACUAGUGAACGAGUUAAGGGUCAGAUAUUCACCCUAGUGAAUAAUUUGAUAAGUGUUGAAGAAUUUCAUCAUAAUAUACAAGAAAUGACAAACUUUCCAUUACGACCAUUUGUACUGCCAUUUUUAAGGACUCACUUACCUUCACUACAACGUGAUCUACUAUUAAUGGCUCGUAACAACAAACAGACUUUAAGUCAGUACCUGAAACAGCACGAAAACGCGUACUUAGACAGAGAUUCGCAGGCCACCGAACCGUCAGAAAUCUUUCACCAGGUGGAGCGAGUCCCUCCGCCGUCACCAAUGCCACGCGAGAACAACAAUAACAGCAAUGGAAACAAUAACAACAGUAACAGUAGCAGUAACAACAACGGCAUCAUUGGAAACGGCCACAAACGACCGUAUCCAUUAGCCGACAGCUACUACGAAACCGGUGGUUACGCGGCCGACUUGGAGUACCAGCAACCGUGCGUCAAGCGUCCGAACCUCGGUUACGCCAUACCAUUCAUGUACCAUCAUCCACACCUUCACCCACAGGAACCACCACCACCUCCACCACUGCCACCACCUUCAUCUCACCCGUACAGCAUAUUGCCACUGCUACACAUACGCGAGGCGGAAGACCACAAGGGUCACGUAGAGGAUGAAUGGAAGAACAUACACGUGAUGUUGAAUUGUAUACUAAGCAUGGUGGAAAAGACAAAAAAAGCAUUGGGUAUACUCCAGGAGCGGGGCAUGACCGAUACGAGUUUUCCGGACUGGAACAGAAAGAAAUCGACGGAAGAAAUUUUGGCGCAAACAGUACGACAUACGGAAGAAAGGAUCGAAAUCAUCAAAAAGAAAGCUGAGGAUUCGAUGAAUGAGAUACGACAUCAGGCCAUGAUAGAGUUGCAAAAGCUCGUGUUGGCCGCAGAAAACAAAAUGAUUGAAUUAGUGGCCACAGAGAGAACAAAAAUGAGCAAUAACUGCAGGAAUUCAGGCACAGCCAGUUUACAGAUAUCGCCGUCGCUAAUUUCGCAAUAUAACAGCUGUUGGAACUGCGGUCGAAAGGCGAACGAGACGUGCAGCGGGUGCAAUACGGCGCAGUAUUGCAGUUCGUUCUGUCAGCACAAAGACUGGGAGACGCACCACCAGACGUGCUGCGUGCACUCGGCCGCUGCGGCCACGGCCACCACAACGGUCGAUGCGGCCUCGUCACCCGGUAAAAAACAACAACCGCCACCGCCGUCAUCAUCUUUGUCAUCGUCCACGACCGCCGCAUCGUCAUCGUCGGCUGCAGACGACCUAUCCACAAACCGAGCGCAAUCAACGGCAGCGACCAUACCGUCGUUGUCGUCAUCGUCGUCGUCCCUUAAGGCCGACGAACAUGCGUCGCAGCAGUCAUCGAAUGCCACUGCCACUGCCACUGCCACUGCGACAACAACCACCGUCACCACGACCACGACCACGUCGACUACCACGACGACGACUGCCGUCGGCUCGAAACAACAGCAGCAACAACAAUAGCAACUCGGCGGCGGUGACGUAGACGACGACGUCGACGAUGACUGUGACCCAGCCGCCGGACUCGCCGCUUCCCGUCGCCGUCACCGUCGUCGCCACCAUUACCGCCAAAACCUGCAUCGCAGACGAAUCGAAGCCGGCCUUCUGGCCUGCAGCACCACCGGUCUCGUAUCGCGGGAAUACUAUCAGUAGGGAAUUAUCGUCCACAUGCUAGCCAUCUCCUCGCAGAUACACUUGGUUAGACAUUUUCUGAAGUUUUAAAACACUUGUGAAGUCAUCUCCUCUUAUGUUACAAUAAUUGAUUGCUGGUUCGGCAAAAAAUGUCUCUCUACUGCGAACAUGCGUGUUCCUUAGAAAAAGACAUGAUGAUAUCGGAAACUGUGUGUGGGUCUAUCUCUAACAACAAAAUAGUCAGUCCCAUUCCUUUGACUCCCCCCCCCCGCUUCACUUAACGAGUAAUACCUGGUAAAAAUGCAUCUGUUUAUUAUGGCGCACUCUGCAUGUAUAUGUAUUGUUAUGCACACGCCACACAAUAUACUCAUCAAACCCAUAAAGCUUUCGUGUAUAUUUUGCCCUCUUGCACAUUUAGUAAUAGAUAUUAUUUAAACGAUUUGAAGGCAGGUAGAUAUAUUAAAACAAUUUUUUUCCGAUGAAAAAAUAUAAAAUCCUUUUCGAUUUUUAUUGUUAUAUAAGUUUUAUCCUUGGAAUAGUAUAUUGUUGACCUUUUAUCUAGGUAUGUUGAAUUCCACUUUAACUUUUAAUGAAUACAGUUUAAACGAUAAAUUACCUAUGUAUUUGAUUUUUACUUUAA